AUGGGAAAUCACAUUGAAAAGAAGGUCGGUGAUGCAGACAUCACUUUCAAACAGUUAUACAAGAAGAAAGGUAUAGAGCUGUGUAUCUGCGUUACCAACGUCAACAGAAUGGAUGUCAUAUUCUGUCACGUGAAGACCACGCCCCAUCUUCCAAUCAGACGUGCUGUGGUUAUGUCGAUGUCCAUACCAGGAUAUUUCAAAGCGUCUAAAGAGACCUUGUUUGGAUCAAUGGAUGUUUAUGUGGACGGUGGUUUGCUGUGCAAUUACCCUAUACACUGUUUUGAUGGUUGGUAUUUAUCAUUGAAGCCUGAUGACAGUUUUCUGACAAAAUUUACUCCAUUAUCCAACCUAACGAAUCUGUAUGAUCCGGCUGUCCGAUUUGGAGGCUUUAAUGAAAAAACUCUCGGAUUUCAAUUGACUGUACAUACAUGGACAUUUAUGAUUGAUUAA